GCGGUUUAAAUCAACUGCAAGAGCGUCGUAAAACCAUCAAUUUUAAUAAUAAUGGAGUCAGACACUCAUACCAAUUUAUCUUGGCGAAGAUUACAUUUGAGUAAAGCUAAAUUGAAGGCUUCCAGUAGAACUUCUGCGUUGCUGGCAGGUUUUGCCAUGGUUGCCAUGGUGGAAGUACAGCUGAGCCAGGAAGUUCCUGAAGCAUUGCUCAUCACAUUUUGUGUCUGCACGACGCUGCUUGUCGCCGUCCACAUGCUCGCCCUGCUGAUAUCCACUUGCAUCUUGCCACACAUAGAAGCCGUCACCAGCGCCCCCUGUUCCAUAUCAGAAUCCCCACACGAAAAACUACACUGGUACAUAGAGACAGCCUGGGCCUUUUCCACCGUGUUCGGCAUACUCCUGUUCUUGUUGGAAAUCGCGAUCUUGUGUUGGGUCAAGUUCUUCGAAUUCAGUUUCACUGCUGCCUGGGCCACAACUGUAGUUCUGUUCCCUGUGGUGCUCCUGUUGUUGGCGUUUGCUGUUCACUUCUAUAGAACUUUAGUAGCGCAUAAAUUUGAGCUGUCCAAGCACGGGUUGAGGGAAUUGGAAUGCUUGGCUAAUCGUCUGCAAGGAGACGGAGCAGACCGCUGUUCAGAGCAUUCUGUUUUGACUGUGUAACUUCCAUGUGUUCUUUUUACUUGGGGGCUGUCUACAAAUGAUGUCACACUUUGAGGGGGAUGGGGUUUUGUGAAAGUGCGGCAUCACACAUUUUUUUGGGUGAAAAUAUGUCUAUCUAAUCGCAGGAAUAACCAGGGUCCGAUAUAGAAAUUUUAGGACAGUAAGCCAGGCACACCUUCAGUGUCCCACCUGAGCAGUACAUUCGACAUAAGUGCUGUAGAGUUGCAAACACACACCUUUUGUCUAAUUGCAUAUGCUGCAGGCUAGGGUACACAUGGCAAAAAAUAGCUGUUUUAAUGUUAAAAGCCACACUGCUAUACACUUCAUAAAUUGUUAUUGAUGUUAAACUUCGUAACAAACAAAUUAAAGCCAUAUUUUAGUACACAUUUCUAUAUAGUUCAUCAUUUUGGGGAGGCUUGGAGCCAGGGGGCUUACAGGCCCUCGGAAUAACAGUAACAUGUCUUUCUGAUGCUUUAGGCAACGAUAUGAAAAAUAGCCUGACAUGGGACAAAGGGAGGGGAGGUAAAGCUGUGACAAAGGGGAUGGGGUCGAGAAUGUUGGGAAAAUGUGACUUCAUUUAUGGACAGCUCCAUGAGAAAAUGCAUUUUAAUCCAUAAAUUCGCCAAUUCCGGUGCUCUUUUUAAAUCGAUAAGCAAUCGAUCAAACUAAGAUUAGUAACUGUGAUGAAUGUUUCAAAUUAGGAUCAGUAUGAACUGCUGUAGAAUAUUUUGUCUCUGAAUUUGAAAUUUCAUGACUUUGGGGACUCUUUAACAUACAGUGAAACUUCGGUAACUCGACCCGCGGAUAGCUCGACUACCCCGGUAACUCGGCAUUUAUUUUUGUUAUGGUUGGCCCCAUGCUCGUUUCAAUUUAGAUCAUUAACACAUACGAGGAGACCUUAUGGUCUCGGAAAUUCAGAUCGGGAUGAAAUUCAGCAGAUUAGUAGUAACCCUUGAGAGUAUACACACAGUAAAGUAAUAAAGCGCACUAGCCUGAACAUUCCGAGAAAAUAGCCUCUAAAAUUUUACACGCAGCUUAUAUAUAACAGGAGAUAUUUCUCGCCAGCAGCAGCUCAGUGGCUAUGUGGUCAGUGUACUGGAUUCCUGUGCGUUCCAUUCCGAGUUCAAUACCUCUCGAAGGAUUUUUUUUAAUAUAAAUUUAUAAAGCGACUGUUACAGCGCUAAUUGAAAUUUGAAUUGAAGGAAAUAUAAUUUAUUUUUAAAUACAUAAUGUAUUUUUAAUAGAGAAAAUAGAGUUAAAUUAGUCAAUUAUUAAUUCUGAUUAGAAUUACCACGGCAACAAAAUUAGGGUAGGACUUGUUAAUUUGUGUAUAAAAUUUAACAAUCUAGUUUUUAUUUAUCAGUUAUCUAUUUAUAUACAUACACCAGAAUGAUAAUCAUCAUAAAAACAUGGAAAACAAAAACUGUUUUGACAACUUGCUCGAUGUGUAAAGGAAGAUUGUUUACUGGAGCAACUUCUCCGUUAAAGGUUCGUGGGGAAACAUGCUUCAUUACUAUUCAUGAAAAUUUCUCUUUUGUCCGAAAGUUUGAAAGCAUACCAGGCAUACCGAAUGAUUUUAUUGAAAAUUUUCAAUGAAGUUGAUGAUGAACUAUUGAUUGUAUUUUUAUGCAUUCUUCACGGGUAUUUAUUUUUCUAUGAUUUUCAACGAGAUACGCACAAUUUUGUAUACGCUAUAUUAGAUUCUUUACCUGUCCAUAAAAAUAGACGUUGCAAGGUUGAGCAAGGGAGGUACAUUAAAGUGAGAAAAAGAAUUCUUCAAGAGGUAUCGAACCCGGGAUGGAGUGCAUGGGAAUCCAGUACCACAUAGCCACCGAGCUGAAGCUGAGCUGAGCUGGGCUGAGCCACCGAAAACAAACCUCCACUAAUAUAUAAGCUGCGCAUAAAACUUUAGAGGCUGUUUUCUUGGCUAACCUAGCAGCAUUGUGAAGGCUAUGUAGAUCCUAACGACAGUAUUACAACGCUGACAGGCUAUGUUCCAGUGUUGCCAGAUUGGGGGAAAUUUCCCCAUUUUGGGGAAAUCUGGUGCUCUCUGGGGAAAUUUUGGAGAAAUGGGUUUUGAGGGGAAUUCUUUGGGGAAACAUUUUUUUUUUGGGGGGGAAAAAAACCUCGGGAAAAAAGAUUUUUUUUCGUAUUUAAAUUCGCGUGAAGAAGUUGUUUGUAUUUAGCAACGUUGGUUUAGCUUUGCUCAACUUUAUGGAAUUCGCAUUUCACAUUAUGUGGAAUAUUAUGCUACGGAAUUCGCAUUAAUGUUCUGCGUGAGUAACUAGUUUUGAUACGUGAAUAAGGUAAAAAUAAGUGAUGAAGAACGUUCUUGGAUAAAUGUAUACAAAAAUCCUAGUUUAAAUAUACAUACAGAAGCAGAGUAUUAAAUGCGAGUAGAAAAAAAAUAUUUGGUUAUUUCUUAUCUCGGUCAGGCGUUUGUAUUUAUGACUAGUGGCACCCGCACGGCUUUGCCCGUAGUGGAAAAUUAAAAGGUCUUUUGGUUCCCCUGUAUACUUACAAAUAAUGCAUGAUGAAUAUCUCGUCCAUUGGCUUGCCCACGUUACGGUUCCAUGUUAUGAUAACUUGGUAAUUUACUCAUCCAUUUUAUCAUAAUUUUGCUCGAAAAAAUGUUCUUAAACUUGGAAUAGAAAAGGAACAAAAUCGAAUUUUCGAAAAAUGGCUUAAAGGUGGACACCCCCAUGCUACAAACUAAUUCUUUGCCAAAUUUCAUGAAAAUCAGCCGAACGGUCUAGGCGCUAUGCGCACAGAGAUUUUGACAGACAGAGAGAGAUCCGGACAGAGAGAGAUCCGGACAGAGAGAUAUACAGACAGAGAGACUUACAGUUUUAUUAUUAGUAAAGAAAGAUAAAGACAAAGAAGACAAAAAAAAAAAAAGUUGGGGAAUUUUGUAAGAAAAUUUGACUAUUUGGGGAAAAAAAAUUUUUCAAGAGACAAAAAUAUUAGAGGAAGUCGAUUCAUUUUAUGAAAAUAUUAGUGGAAAAAUAAUUUUUGAAUUUGGGGAAUUUUGAUAGAAAACAUGGCUUUUUGGGGAAAAGUUGGAAGGGAAUUGGGGAAAUCUGGAUUUGACCAUCUGGCAACACUGCUAUGUUCGCCCCGAUUAUAUUUAAAUAUAUGUUUUUAAGUAAAAUUACUGGAUUUAAGUGUACAGGUCAUUACCUAAUAUUGUAAGAAGACACUGAAGAUAUGUUUUGUGAGUUUUAUAACAGUGCAAAAUGUGAAUUUUAUACGACUGUAUUUGAGAAGUAUGGUAUUUUAAAAAUUAGUAUAGGUGGAUUGUUGGAUUUUUUAACUGUAAAUUUAUAUUUUGUGCAAGUUUUUGCAUCUAUCAUUAUCUGUGAUGACAUAUACAUUAGUUCUUUUUGAUGUUGCUCUGUUGUUGUUGGUAGGAAUAGUAAACUUGCAGUAGGCGUAACAGUCAGAAUUUUUCCUUUGCUAAUUCGACAUUCAUAGAAUAGGGACACAUUGGCACUUGGCGACUUGUUUCUUGUUUACUUUAAAUUGGCGGAAACCGAAAAAUAUAACUUACGACGCUGUCAUGUUGGCUCCUCAAGAUUUAAUUUUACCGGAAUUGUUUAUGUUUAAUCGUGGAUUUUUUUUCAAUACAUUUAUUUGACGGAUUAUUUUGCAUUUUGAUGAAACUUUUAAUGAUUGAAAAUGAAUAUACCAUGCCUUGCCAUCAAUUUUCGAGUUGAACCGAACCAUUGCUUCGGUCACUCGGCUGGUCUGUGCUAAUUCUACAUUAGCUACCAGUUUGUUUGGCCCUCUUGGCUUCCAUAAGAGGUUUUCCAUCUCCAGCUCAGUCACUUUCCUAUGCCGGGCUGAUGAGUGCUAAUAAGCACGAAACUGCAGUCCUCGGCUGGAAAUGACUGAGCUGGCGGUGUAUUUCAUGCACUAUUUUCUGCUUUAUUUCUUUCUAUUUUCCGAAAGAUUUCAUUAAAAUGUAGAAAUGCAUAAUGGCAUCGCCAAAUAAGUACUUGUUACUUAACCUACAUUUCAAAUACAUCUAUUCAGAAAUAGUGUCCCAAAUACACCAAUUUGAAAAAAAUAAACUAAA